CCCUCGUACAACCCCACCGCAUCCUGAACGAAGAGUAGAGUCUCAUCGGGUAACAGCGAGGGACGUAGUGCUGUACUGAGAUCCAAAGGCUUGAAGAGCAUUUAGUAGAUUGACCAGCAUCUCUCUUAUGACUUCAAAACUUGUAAAGAGGUGAACGAAUGACUUAUGGAUGUCUUAUCUUGUCGGUGGAGGAGAUCGUACAGAUAGGUAUUGAUGUCAGAUGCCGGAUAAAGAAGGCGGUCAAGGCAAUCCGCGCCAAGCAUCUCCGCCACGAAACGUAAGCGAAAAAGGAACGUUCGUCCCUCAUAUUCCAUCUCGACAUCUUCAUCUGGCGCCCUGUACUUUGCUCCCUUCCCAGCGUCUUCCUAUACGCAAACACUUCGUCUUCUUCUUUUUUUCACCUUUCUUUUCCUUUUUUCCUUCCUCCUCUCUUCUAUCACUUUCUCCAGCUUUCCCUUGUGUAGGAGUGUUCUGAGCAUAUCCCUGUCACAUCAGAAUCCCGUAGUUUUAUACACAGUCAAACUAUCAACUUUUCCUCACUUCUUUAUUGCCUGUUUGCUUAGACUUCUUUCUCAAUAAUGAGUUCGGGCAUUCCACCAUGGCGUGUGUCUGCGUCAGCCACCGCAACCGCUCAAACAUAUCCCACACAUGCGACCCCAGCGUAUAUCCCAGUUCAAGCACGCCGUAGCCUUGCCCAUACAGCCGUGGCGAGUCCCACCCCAGCCCCAGCGUCGCAGCCGUCGGAUACCGAAGCCGCUCGCAAACGAGUAGAAUGGCCAGCCCCAGUUCGCUUGUAUGUACAACGAAGUUUUGCUCCGGAACAUCAAAUGUCCUCAGUUAGCAGAGAGGAAAUGGAAUCGAAGUUAAAGGCCGUCAUUACUGAGGCCGCAGAGAAUAACAAACUGGAUAAAAUUGAUUGGGCAAGCCUGCCAUUGCCCCAGGUCAUGGUCCAGAACGAGCGCAACCGGAUCCUGGCCAGCCCAAAUGUGCCGGCUUGGAGCGCUGUUACUGCCCAGAAGUAUGAGAGCUCCUCCGACGCCUCGUCGAGGAAACGGAAGUCGGUUGAGUACAACGGGGACGCGAACAGCUGUCCACCAUGGAGACAAACUAACAAUCACAAUGCAUUUGAAGACCGAAUCACUUAUUCCCCCACAGACAAACGCCAACGGAUAGAUCAUAAGAACACAAGUAAGUCCAAAGCUAAUCUGGAACUGCGGAGAAAACGCUUCGAGGAACCACGGGCUCGAUAUGGUUCCUCGCCAUCGUCGCGCGAUGAUUCCCCCUCUCCUAGUGCAAACCAGGGCCCUGUUGUCGGACGGUGCCAGGAUCUGGAGAAAAACUAUUUCCGUCUGACGUCCGCGCCAAACCCGGAUACCGUCCGCCCUCUGCCGGUCCUGGUCAAGACACUGGAUCUGUUGAAGAAAAAGUGGAAGAGAGACAACAACUAUAACUAUAUAUGCGAUCAGUUCAAGUCGCUGCGGCAAGAUUUGACUGUGCAGCACAUUAGGAAUGAGUUUACUGUCAGUGUCUACGAGAUUCACGCGCGCAUUGCGCUGGAAAAAGGAGAUCUUGGUGAGUAUAAUCAGUGUCAGACUCAGCUGCGCGCGCUGUACGCACAGCAACUUGGGGGCCACCCUACGGAGUUCAAGGCGUAUCGUAUUCUGUAUUUCAUCCACACCCGCAAUUGGACGGCCAUGAACGAUGCCCUGGCCGAUCUAACAGCAGCAGACAAGCGAGAUCCUGCUGUCAAACAUGCCUGAUGGACAUGUUCGUGGACC